AUGAGUUGUCAAUCUUCCUCCAGAGUCCAUUUGCGUCAGUCUGAUUAUGACAGCCUCGAUCAAAACCAGGACGACAAGAUUUUGGAAAUGCAAAGCCUUCAGAGCCACCAAUCAGAGAGUCCUUCAACCCCUCAAAUUGUCUCGAGCAGCCCAGUCGACAGCCCAAUGACGAUAGGCUUUGGUGUUUGGGUAGCCAUCGCCACAUCCUUUGUCAUCUUGGUAGAAGCCGUCGUAUUCUUAACAUGGCUCUGGUUCGAGGACAGGGAAUCAGAGUCUUGGCGACGACUCAUGCUCAGUGGACGCGCAACCCAGUACAUCACGUUGAUGAGUGUUCUCAUAAGAUGGGCCAUCGGUACUCUCGCUGCUAUCACGAUAUCUAUGGCUGCAUCAAUUGCACUGGAACUUCAUGGCGUACCCAUGUCAGCUCUCGCAGAAACCUUGGCUUCGCCUCCUUAUGAUCAGUCUUUUGCGCUUGUUGCGGCUUCACAGUUCGCUUCAACUUUGCUCGUCACGGAUCUUCGAGAACUUACCAUUCUAUCGUUAAAGGAGAACAUAAGCUAUGGAUUCACCUUCGGAGCAAUAAAUGAGGCUACGUACCGGGGGAUGACCCCUUUACCUCUAAGAACAGACGGUCUAGAGUACUGGAGUAGAGCUCCCUCUCAAUCCGAGAUAUUCGCAGAUUAUUCAGAACCUGGAGUGUCGUCUGAUGAGUUGGACGAUACGGGAACAGUCUUGAGAGCGUUUCUUCCCUUUUCGACCAAGGCUCAGAGGGAGUCUAUCCAGUCCUUCAAUGGCAUUGCUCAAAUUAUUGACACUCAUGUGGUAUGCGUGAGGCCAAGCUUCACGGCUAAGUACUGUCGCUCGCAGCAUCUACAGGGGGUUUGGUACUUGUGUCUGAAUGCGACAGCAGAUUUAUCGAACUUCCCACCUUAUCAUAUCUAUACAGAUACUGGCUUGAGUUAUUUUGUGCCCGGAGAGAACGACAAACAGAUUUCCAGGUCUUUCAUUUGCCAAAUCCCGAGACAACGGCCGUACGAUGCCACAUGGAGGAAGUGGUUACUCUGCGAGAACGAGUUUCUUGGGGAGCGUAAGGCGGUCGCCCUUGAUUCACCAUUAGGGCGGGUAUCAACAUCUUUAGGAAAAUAUGGGUUUAAACGGUUAGCUGAUCUAUCAUUCUCAAAGGUUAAUGGGCUGCCUUUUGAAUCAGGACCUACAAAUGCUACCUGGACUCUUCUGAACUCAAGCAAUUCUGGUCCAUGGGCUCGGCAGUGGAACCGCGUGAAGCUAAGAGACGGAAUCAAGACAAGAGAUGAAUACACACAAAUCACAUUAUGUAUAGGAUCUGAGCUUACAUCGCAGGUCGAACACGUUGACAUAACAGCAUCCGCUGCUUCAAGUCUGACUGAGCCCGGUUAUCAAUUCAAUAAAAGAAGGAAUGAAUAUAAUACCUCUGCCGUUUUGAGACAGCUCGGCGCUGUUGGUACCCAAGACCAAGCAAUGGCAUCCAGGCGACAGGUGUUGAAUAUAUCUCCCAGCAUGCUGGAACAGAGUCUUGAAGGCAGAGUGCGGAGCCCGACAACUGGAAGGACAGCUGAGGAUGAGACAGGAAAUUGGCCAUCAGGCAUGGCAUUCCCAGAUCUGGCCAUUUGUUCUUCUUGUGACUAUGUUACUUCGCAAGGGUCCAAGUCUGUUAGGGCGGUACAGCCUGCGGAGAUCACAACGUUCGAUCUUGUUCAGGCGCCAGCUCGAAAAUGGGGUUUUGUCACGCUAAUGGCCAUCAUAACCGGAAAUAUCAUCAUCUUCCUAGUCAUGGCCUUCAUUUUCCUUUGUCAUACAGAGUCAAGCUUCUUGGAGAACGCAUGGCACACUGUGGCCCAGAUAUCUCAGAGUGAUGAUGUAAGGCCGAUCUUGGAGAAAGCUACUCUUGCAUCUGAUCAGGAUAUUGGACGGAUGAUCCGGGGUGAGGAGACACCAAAGAACUUCCUGGGUAAUGUGAAAGAUUUCUUUUGUGAUAUAGGAAAAACUUUCAAUCAGAGGGAGACUAAAGAAGAGAGAUUGGUUAUUGACUGGUCUAUUCACUGUGCCAUCAAAUAUUGGAAUAAAUCUCAUCCCUACCAUUGUGUCUUACAAGGGCACUGGGGAUGGUUUAAGAAUCCUGCUCGAGAGCUGAAGUUGCCUGGUGUGAAAACCUCUGAUAGACCGCUAGAUAUUAUGGUUAAGCCAGCUUAA